AUGGCCGACUUCGACUCCCACCCAGCCUACGUCGUUAGGCGAGGUCAACUCGUCCCCCUACCCACGCCAAAGUCCCUCGCCGAACACCUCCAAAAGAGCACUGAGCUUGAGGCUGGGGAUUGGCAUGACAUAGUUGUCCUCCAUGGCGUGUCCCCCAAGUACGCCGAUGUGCUCCUCCUUUUAAACGGCAGCGACUCUGCUUUUCUCGAAUCCUUUGCCUCGAGACGCGAGUACAGACCCUUUGCUAGAAGCGGACUCGUCAACCAGCAGGCCUCCAGCAGCGAAAGACGAUGGAGCAUUCUCGAGUAUCCAGAGCUGAUGCAGGGACUCAGGCCUCUCCGCCUCGACAGGGACGAGACCGACACAGUGCACCCUCCACCUGUCAGAACUCUCCCAUCGAGCAGCGGAAAGACCUCUGCCGUUUUCUGCCGCAUGGCCCUACGCAUCUCUGAUCAGAGACACCUGCUCCUCUUGGACAAUCCAGUCUGGAGACGCUCUUGGAAGGUUCGCAAGGCACCAUGGAGGACGCCUGUCGCUUCUUUUCGCGAUCCACCUAGUCCCUCUCCUUACAGCGAAACCAACGAUGCUGGGAGCUUUGAAGCUUCUCUUCUGAGCACACUGAGUGGCAAAACGCAUCACAAAUCUCUGAGAGAGCUGUUGCUUGAUUUGGCAUACGACAGAUGGUUGGAGCUGUUUGAGUUUUUGGAGUCGCCUUCUCACCCCGUCACGGACAAUACCAUGGCGUUUUGGUGGCAGGUCUUGCAAUCUCUGGAGCUCAACGAAGAGGAGGGCAGCAGUCCAUGCUGGAGAAGACUUCUCGACAGAGCACAGCGGCGAAUCUCGCUUUUGUCUCUACCCACCAUCAAGAGACCUGUUCCGCUCAAGUCGGCUUCGGCUCCCAUGUUGCCUAGCUCACCUGGCUCACCUUCUUCCCGAAGAUCACCUUGUUCACCUAGAUCGGCAGCGUCGACACCAGCUACGUUAUUGACAACCCCGCCUGUGCUUCAGCAGCCAAAGAACGAGGUGCGCGAGAAGGCGGUUACUCGCUUUGGCAUACCCAGCACCGCGGUGAGAGCUGCGCGGUUGAGAAGGGCGCUUGCAUAUCGGCCUUCGGCGGAGGAGAAUCGACGAGCGUUGGACCGGAUCAGCUAUAUGGGUGGUAUUCUCAUUCCCCUACCCAUCGUCUCUGGAAUUUUGUCCAUGGGCGAGAUUUUUGGCCCCUCUGGUUCCAGGUUUUGGAUAUUUUGGGCUGCUGCUGUUCCUCUUUCCAUCAUGUCGGUCUUGAUCAUAUAUGCGGAUACUAUCCGCAAGGCCGAAGUCUGGGUGGAGGUUGCGCCCGACCUGGUUGUUCCGGGACGAGUUCCUGGACGACUCAGCACUGACAGCGAAGGCGGCAUGAGUGAUGGGACUGUGGAUGUCGAAGUUCAGGAGCAUAGGACUGUUACUUGGCGGAGACAUCAUCCUGGGGAGGGACGUGGUAGCAGCAGCGGCGGGGAGGGCUUGCAACAGCAGAGACCACAAGUGCCACAUGAUCCGAGCGUGGUGUUUGUUUUGAAUCAUGACAUGGAGGAGAGAGCUAUUGGCUUGCCGCCGGAGAGUGCUGCUAUGGCGACGGCGGCGAUGGAGCCUGAUUGGGACGAGGACAUUGAUGAUGCUAUGUUGGAGGUGUUGCCUGCUGCUGCUGGGAGGAACAGGAAUAGACCGCGAAUUAUUUUGCAGAGGUCAGAGGAUGGGCAUGAGAAGCCUAAGGCGUGGAAGAGGCAGGAGCUGGGGUGGUAUGGAGCUAUGAAGUCGGUUAUGUGGAAGAAGCCGAGGGCGUUGGAGGAUGUGCCGAAUGGGGUUAUUGCUUAUGAGAGGGAGGGGAAGAGGAAGUCGAAGACGUUUUAA